UUAGAGUGUGAAGUGAGCGGCUGCUGUGCUGUGAGCUUUGAGUGAAGUAGGAGAUACUGAACAUAGAGAGGGAGAAAAAGGUUAGUACGUCCACACACAUGGCACCACCGCCACCACCACCGCCACCAUUCAUUAUCAGUAAGUUGAAGAAGCUCUGGGAUGUAUGGAAUCUUCGUGGUUUCAUUACGCUGAGUCUCUCUCUACAGAUUUUCCUAGUCCUCUUUGCAUCAUCCAGACAACGAUCUAAAAACUCAUUUUUCAUCUCCCUGAUUUGGGCGGCCUACUUGCUCGCCGACUGGGUUGCAGCUUUCGCCAUUGGUUUAAUCACACAAAUCGAAGACAACGACACCAAAACAGUGCUUAACCAAGAAAUUUACGCAUUCUGGGCUGCUUUUCUCUUGGUCCAUCUCGGUGGUCCUGACUCCAUUACUUCUUUUGCUCUCGAGGAUAACGAGUUCUGGAUUCGGCACCUUUUUGGGCUCAUCAUACAAGCCAUAGCAGCUGCUUACAGCUUCUAUCUCACCCCUUCCGGCAACAAGCUCUGGCCAUGUACGGUCCUUGUUUUCUUUGCCGGAAUUGUCAAGUAUGUGGAGAGGACUCGGGCGUUGUAUCUUGCGAGCUUGGACUAUUUUGGAAGGACCGCUUUGCCGAAGCCGGAACCUGGGAUUGACUACGAACAGGCUUCGUCUAUCUAUUCCUCGAAUUUGGUCAAGGCUCCAUUACAGGGAGAAAUCACUUCAGGGAGGCCAAGAGGUAGUACUAUGGGGAACCCUUAUUUUGAACUUGAUAGAAUCACUUCAAGUGUUUCGAUUGAGAUAAGGCAACUGAGGGUCGCUCGUCUUCUCUUUGAGAGGUUCAAAGGGCUCAUUGUUGGCUUCUUUCUCAACUUCGACGACAGAAAAUCCAGCAGAGAGUAUUUUCUGAAAGCUGAUUACAAAUCUGCUUUUAGAGUAUUAGAGUACGAGCUCAGCUUCAUGUUCCAGGUUCUUCACACCAAGACGGUCGUGGUGAAUCAAAGAAUAGGCUACAUCUUUCGGUUCAUUAGCUUCCUUACCAUAUUGAGUGCCGCAGUAUAUUUUCUAUUAGUUGAAAAGCACCAUUUUGGAAGGCUUGAAAUUUUUCUUACUUAUGCCUUGCUCAUUGCAGCCAUUGCCCUCGAGAUCAUAUCGAUUACUGUGCUUAUAUGCUCUGAUUGGACUCUGGUACUCGUUAAAGAUAACUGGACAGAUUAUGUUCCUUCAUUUAUCUUAAGACGACAAAGGUGGUCGAGGUUGAUCUCUCAGUAUAAUAUGAUAAGCUAUUGUUUAGACGAGCCUCCUAUGUGGUUCUACCGAUUUGCCAAGUUUGUUCACGUUGAUGAAAUUCUAGACAACAUGAAAAUCAGGUGGUACUCAUCUUCGCAUAAGGUUCCUGAAGAUCUUCAAGAAUUUAUUUUUGUGGUUCUGCAAAAGAAAUCCGAGGAGGCAUUCAGUUUGAGAGAUGCAAGGGAAGCAUGCCUACAAAGAGGGGAUUCAGCUUUGUUGGAAAGUACCAUUAAGAACAAUGUUGCUGGCUAUCUCAAGCUAAAAUGGAGCGUUGGAGACUUCAAAUAUGCAGAAAGUGUUCUAUUGUGGCACAUAGCUACUGAAAUAUGUUGCCUAGACGAAACCACAAGCAGUAGAUGGGAAAAUAAAAGGAAGAGGUACUGUAAGAUUCUUUCAGAUUAUAUGUUUUAUUUACUGAUUGCACAACCUACUAUGUUGUCCACAGUUCUGGGUGAUUGGCAUGUGGCAUUCCAGGAUACUUGUGCUGAGGGCAAGAGAUUUUUCAAAAAGUAUUCAAUAUUAGAUCAUUCAAUGGCUUUGGAUAAGAUGAAAUCUACAAAAUCAAAAUUCAGAUCAGCUGCUGUGAAGGGAACUAAAAGUAAAUCUGUGUUCUUUGAUGCAUGCAUGCUCGCACAACAACUGUUAAAUUUUGAAAAUGAGCGGUGGACAAUAAUGGAUCGAGUGUGGGUGGAGUUCAUGUCUUAUGCAGCCAUUAAUUGUAGACCGAUUAUUCAUGCACAGCAACCAAGCAGGGGUGGAGAACUUUUGACUUUCACUUGGUUGUUGAUGAAUCAUUUGGGUUUAGGCACACAGUUCUCUGAGCAGGAAGACCAACCUGGAAUGAAAAGGGCGGCUGUGAAGUAAUAAAACUAAAAAAAACAAUAUCUUAGGGCCAAUCCCAAAGAAGAGCAAAGUUGAUUAAACCAUUAUAUGAAAGAAAUACUUAAUAUGUAUCAUUCUUCUCAGUUUAAGGAUAAAGAAAUGAAAGAAUUUGGAUCAAUUGGUGCAAGUAGAAGCAUCAGUUGAGAAUUGAUUUCUCCAUGGCAGCACCUGUACUUGGUGCCAUGGCCUCAGCAAUGUGCCUUGUCCAUGCUGCAGCCCCAGUUUUCUUGUGUCCAAGUCUAGAAAUUUUCAGCAGGCAUUAUUAUGGCUUCAGAAUACACCUCGAUGCUUAUGAGAUCCAAGACAUAGCAUCAGAUCACCUUUGGAGUGCUAAGGUACCAAAUAGUUAUUUUAAAAGUUGAUAUUUUCAAGGCCUAAGAGCAGGCUUAUCUUUUGUAAUUGAAAAUCAAGAUUCUUUGGUGAGUAAAAACUUGUUACAUGUGCAUUGAUGAGAACCUGCAAAGGAGAGUGAGUGCCAGGGGCGGGGCGUGAUGUAACGCCCUGGAUAGCCAAUGCCGCUACACUGUGUACUUAUAAAGGUGCAAGACUUGCUAAUCAAAUCAUUAAUUUGAAAUCGUGUUGCUAAACAU